GUUAAAUUCUGUGAACGACGUCAAAAUUGUUGCCUGGUGGCUAGGUGAGGUGGCAUUUGAAAACACGUGGCACAUAAAUAGUUUAAUAGGUGGACUUAAAUAAUUUUUUAGUAUGACAAAAAUAAAAGGGUGCGAAAAGGGUCUUGUACUCGUUCUUCUUCGAAGGGUGUUGGUUCAGUAUUAUUUGCAAGGGGGGUGUGUCUGGUGGUGAUCAAGGUUGUAGUCGUUCUUCUUGGAAGAGGAUGUCGAAGGAGUACUCUUGCUCUUCGUCAACAUGCAGGCGGAAGGAAAACCUUAUGUUUCUUCACCGAUUUGCCACUGUGGACAGAGAUCUGUGAUGAAAACUGCCAAAAUUAUGAAGAAUCGAGGCAAGCAAUUUUGGGGAUGUUCCAAGUAUAAGAAUGGUGUUGAAGACGCUGGUUGCAACUUCUUCAAAUGGUGCACAGAUGUUGGAAGUGAUGAAAGUGGUAGUUACGUGAAGAGCGAAGGGAACAAAGAAACUUUGGUCAACAGUGAAGAAAUGGAGAGCACUAGGAAAAAUUUAGUUAAGAUACAUAAAUCAAUGUUCAUUGUUCAAAAGUGGAUGAAGGUGUUGAUAUUGUUGGUUUAUGUUGUAUGUGUCAUAGAGAUGAUUUUAGUUUCAAUGUUGAUGAGAAUGGGAUGA